UGUGAGAGUGUGUGUGUGUGUGUGUGUGUGUGUUUGUGUGUGUGUGUGUGUGUGUGAGUGUGUGUGUGUGUGUGAGAGAGUACGAUGGCAUCGCCACUUGAACACGAAUGAUCGGACAUGGACGACACAAACGAAACGUUUUUGGCGACGCAUUGGCCCUUCCCAUGUGACCCCAGUAUCUUUGAAUUCCCCGGCAAAAACCCCGGCGAAGACCCCGGCAUCGAACCGGAAAAUGACCCCAUCGUCGGCGGAAAACCCGUUGGCGGCGACACCUCCAUGGGGUUCCCUUUCCCAGAAGACCCCAUUAAAAUGCCAAGUGUACAGGUGGUCUUGAUCCUGGCUUACAGCACCAUCAUAGUGCUGGGGGUUCUGGGUAAUUCUCUGGUGAUCUACGUCAUCUAUCGCUUCAAGACGCUGCGCACCGUCACCAACUUCUUCAUCGCUAACCUCGCUGUUGCGGACCUGCUGGUGAACACGCUGUGUCUCCCCUUCACGCUGGUCUACACGCUGCAGGGCGAGUGGAAGUUCGGGGGGGCGCUCUGCUUCCUGCUGCCGUACGCUCAGUGCCUCGCCGUGCACGUGUCCACCGUCACGCUCAACGUCAUCGCACUGGACCGACACAGGUGUAUCGUGUACCACCUGGAGACGAGGAUGCGUAAGGACGUGUGUUUCGGGGUGAUCGCUCUCACCUGGGUGCUGAGCGCCAUCUUAGCCAGUCCUCUCGCCAUCUUCAGAGAAUACGGGUCCUUCACUCUGGAGCCAGGACACACCAUCCAGGUGUGCACGGAGAAGUGGCCGGGGAAGAGCACGGACGGCACGGUGUACAGCAUCUCCAUGUUGAUCCUGCAGUACUUCCUGCCGCUCUCCAUCAUCUCCUUCGCCUACGCACGAAUCUGGUCGAAGCUCCGCGCCCACGUUAGCCCCGCGGAAACCGUCGUUAGCACCAGCAGUGCUAUGUCUGAGCGCCAUCGCAGACGGCGAAAAACCACCAAAAUGCUGGUGACCAUGGUGGUGGUUUUCGCCGUCAGUUGGUUGCCUUUCCACGCCUUCCAGCUGGCGACGGAUAUCGAUAGCGCCGUGUUGGAUAUGCAAUAUUUCCGCCUGCUUUACACCGUUUUCCACGUGGUCGCCAUGUGCUCCACCUUCGCCAAUCCGCUGCUUUACGGAUGGAUGAACCGAAACUACCGCGCCGCCUUCCUCGCCGUCUUCAAGUGUUGCCGAGGCGGAGAGAACAGGAGAGGCGGGAGGUUGGAUAGCAUCCAUCCCGUAGGAGGAGCAGGAGGAGGAGGAGGAGGAGGAAGGGUGAAGAAGAUCGUGAUUGAAACGCAAGACACGGUGUCCACCCACCUCAACGCCACCGAUGUUUGAGAAGGAGGCGAAGGAAGGAGGGAGGAAAGGGAACGAGAUUAUAGAACUAGAAAAUCAGCCUCAACCUAUGUAAAAGAAGGGAUAAGAAUAAAAUGCAACAAGGUUACAGAAGAAAGAAAUCAGGAAUGUUUUGAUCCCGCAGAAGGGCGAAGAAGAAGGUUCUUGAAACAGAAGAAGUGGUGUCCAACCACCUCAACGUAUGUACAAACAGAAGGUGAGAGAAUGAGGGAUGACAAGACAAAGCAACACGUUUACGGAGGAAGGAGAAAGGAAAUGACUAAAAAACCAACCCGUCAGAAAACAAGCAGAAAUACAAGACACCUGCCUCAACUUACGUACAAAAAGAAGGGAUAAGAAUCAAAUGCAACGAGGUUAAAGUGGAAGGAAAUCAGGUGGAGGUGGAAGGGCGAGGAAGAUGGCGCUUGAAACACAAAACACGGGGCCCACCCAUCUCAACACCAAGGGAUGGCAAGACAAAGCAACAGGUUUACGGAGGAAGGAGAAAGGAAAGUGUCCUGUAGAAGAAAAUCUAAGGAAAUCCAAUGCAACGACAUUACAGAAGGGUCGCUCUUUGACCUGCCGAAAAAGAAAUCCAACCCAUCGGAUGUGGUGCUUGAAACACAAUCUGCAGUGUCCACCCAACCUAACUUACAAAAAGAGGUGGAGUUGGAGGGAGAAGAGAGAAGAAAAUGCAGCGAGUUAACAGAGGAAGGACUAAAGGAAGGUUUGUGUCCCCUAGGAGAAUAUGCAACCUGCCCAAAAGCAAGGAGAGUCCAACCUCCUCAACUUGUGUACAGAAAGAAGUUAAAGAAGUUGGGAGGGAUGGCAAUACAAAGGAACACGAUUACAGAGGAAGGAAAGUAGGAAAGUGUUUGUCAUGCAGAAGAAAAUCCAAUCAAAUCCUGUCAAAGGACGUGGAAGGUCGGAGAAGAUGCUUGAAUUACAAGAAGCAAUAUCCACCCACCUCAAUGCCACUGAUGGACAAAAGGAAGGUGGAGAAGGAGGGAGGGAUGACAAGAAAAUGCCACAAGAUUACACAGGAAGGAAGUAUCUUGUCCCGCAGAAGAGGCAACAAAGAGAGACAAAGAAAUAGAAACAAGAGGAGGCCGACGGCGGGAGUUUCUGAAAAGACCCAAAAUAGAAGAGGAGGAGGCAGGGAUUAGUAGAAGAAGAAUGACUCGACGUCUGCUCGACAAAUCGAAGCUUUGAAGACGUGACCUCCUUGUGAUGGAGGGACUUUUCUUUGGGGGAUUUGUUCGAGUGAUACAGCUUUGCAUGAAGGAUUUGUGGAAAGGUUUGCCCUGAAAAACAGACAGGAAGUCGGUUGGUGGAUUGUUUUAUAGCAACUGAAAGAACAAACUUUGGUCAACUUUGUCAAAAUAGGGCUUUUACUCCAUCUUCAUUCCACGUGUGAAGCAUUUAGCUCGUACUCUUAACCCAGAGUGGUUUACAGGCAGUGGGUUGAGGAUUACAAUUGACAAACAUUUGGGCAGAAUCAGCUGCGAGGGACUUUUCACGCUUUGCGAAAUCGGAGGCCGCUGAAGACCGUGCAAAAGUAUCUUGUCAGGUGAAAGAAAAAGCCCCAAAAAGCCUGUAUUUAAGAGUUCAAGGAAAGGAUGCAUGAUGCAAGCUUUGUGAAAUCUCAGACACUGUUAUGUAAUGUGUGUUUUAAAUGUGCAUCAUCCUACAAUAAAAGCCAGGAAGAAGUGGACAUAGAUAUGGGAAAGAGAAGGGCGAGAGGGGGAAAUACAAAUGAUUUCAAAGCCUUUUUUAUCAGUAGCUUUAGGACAGAUGAGCAGAAAGUGAGGAGAGGAUCAAUGUGAGGAGGGACAUGUGGGAUAAUGAGGGAGAAGGAAACGGAAACGAACAUCUCAAAAUGAAAAUCCAGCUGAGAUCACACAGAUUUCAAAACGUCUCUUCAGUUUGAAACUGCACGAUGACGACGUGUUAGAUUAAUCUGAUUUAGCUGAAAGGCAAUUUGUCAAAUCUGGCUGACUGCUCACAUUUUGCGUCACGCUUCAAUUUCAUUUUCAUUACAGAGUUUAAUCAGCACGACUUAAUAAUAUAUGAAGAAAGAGAAAUAUGAUUGUUCACUCUGCAGAAUUUCUUUUAUUUCAUUUUGUAAGUGUUUCUUGUACUUCAAAGUGACUUUUAUUUAGUAAGUGAAAUAUAGUGGGCUAUUUUGCUCUGAACUGAGCCUUUCAGGCAUUUCGUCUUAUAGAAAAAAGGCCUGCAGAUGCAAAAAAAUGUAUUAGCAUAUAUGUUAAGUGUUAUGUAAUUCUAAAGACUCCACUCCUUAUAUAUAAACAAUCUCUGUAAAUUAAAGGUGAUAUUUAAGUUUAAAUGUUCAGGUUUGUCGGAAACCAAAAGCACCUUACUUACAGAUCGCCAGCCAUCAAUGAAAAUGAAGUUUAUUUAUACCAGCGAGAACCAGGCAACCCAACAGUUGUUCUUAGUAAUGGCCAUUAAGGCUUGUUAGUUAACUUAGUAAGUGAUUUAAGUAAAACCUUUACAAACGGUGCCUUACAGGCCUUUUCCACUACAGGAACUUAAAGUGUUUGUAUAGAUUGUGAUAGGUGCAGCUCAGGAGAAGGAGAUGAAGCCAAGUUUAGCGAUUUCUGGGAAGAAUAAAGCAGUAUUGUCAGUGGCCAAAUGUUUCAAACUAUGUUAUCCUACGUACCAAUCUUUAGCUUCAGCAGAUAUACAGGAAAAUACUUUAGGAAUCUGGGUUAGAGUAAGUGUUUAUUAAGUUCAUAAUACUAUUUUGCUAGGCUGUGUUUCCCUUCUUUAGAAAUGCAGAAACUGAGAUCACUAUCGGUUUUCAUAUAUAUUUUUUUUCUAUCAAUGCUGGGACUCUAGUACUUUGUGAUUCAGUUUUCAUGUUCAUGUUUUCGUUGAAUCUUUUGCAAUAAGAUUAUCUUUUAGAUCCCAUUGGUUCUCCUUCUGGCGACGGUCCUCCUUAUUCCUCCCACUGAAAACGUGUUGUAUCCCGGACGAGUCCCCAAAAUUGUUAAAUUCUACAAACUGUUGAAUCUUUUGCAAAGACCUUAUCCGUCGCACAGUUAUCUAAUAUUAUAUCUAAUAACAACUUUGGAUCACGUGUUAAAACAUGUACUUUUGAAACUAGAAUAUAGAGGCAAAUAGGCAAAGUUUCAAUGAAUUAAAAGUGUGUUUUGCUGCCUUGUAAUUUCUAUAUUAUGCACGAUUUGGGUUAUCCAGCAAUGUUUAGCUAACGGUGACAUUGAGAAGUAACAUUUCCAGUCAUAUGAGGCGGAGCGGCACAAGUAAAAAGUGAUAUAUUUGUAUUUCUCUUGUAGUAAAAAAACAAACAAAAAAGUAUUGUAGUGACAAAAAGUCAUUCGAUUUAAAAGUGACAAAUAUCAAAAAUGGUGCCAAAUGUUUCAUCGUCGUUUGGAAAUGAACUGUACUCACAACUAAAUCAACUAAGUAGAGCAUAAAAUGUGUGCUUUUUCAUUGAAAUGUAACCCAAAUGUUUGUUGAAAAACACAAAUUAGGAUCGUGCACGCACGUGCUUAAAAACUUCCUGUAGUGGAAAAUGUCAAUUUUUAGAAAAGUGGUACCCUAAAACACUUACUUACAGAUCAAUUCUGAAUGUCAGUGCCAUGAUUUCCUCCCCUUCCCCUGAGUCAUAUUUAUUUAUAUUCCUAUAUAUCCAAUCUUUCACCCCCAGUGUUCCCAUCAUGCACCCUGCCUGCAGGCUGAAAAUCAUUACCUGUCUCUUUAGCGAUUUCGGGGACAGGAAAGGUCAAAAGUGCAUUUGUUUUUUCAGAGACCUUGAGUUUUUCUAUUUCCCCCAAUGAAUAUAACUUCUCCUAAAGCUCUUUUUCUUUCCACACCAUUUAUCGGCGCCGCUCCAAAUUAAAUUGCAAAUAUUAUUACCAAAGGUCUCAUUAAACUUAAAUUGCCUGAUUUUAAUUACGGCGCUCUGUUUCCCUCUGUGUCAACAUGCUAAACACUUUGCACAAUGUGAAUCAACACUAUAGCAGUUAUUAGUUCUGCAGAUGAAACCCUUAGUUUUUUUAUUUUUGGGGAUUUAGCCUCUUGUUUUUCCCUCUUUAAUUCUCCGUCUCUUGUAUGCGUCAUUACCUCGCCCGACCCGAAAUCCCACACUCCCUCACCAGCUGUUUAUCUCCGUCCUCUUUCAGCCCAUCGUCUGUCUCUUUCCACCCUUUUCCCCGUGAAUGCAUGCCUCAAACUGGGUUUUCCUCUGAGGGAAAAAUGUCUAUUUUCGUCCUCAUGAUGGAGGAUUUCAUUAAAAAAAAAAAAGCUGCAAUGUUGGUGAUAUUUUACCCUGACUGUAUCCGCCUCAAAUAUAUUUCCAGCAAAUAACUAAAACAUAAGUAAACCAAUAUGUGCUUUACUUUAACAGCAGCAUCCUGAGUUAUGAACCCUGGCGUUAAAUUGGAUGUUUUAUGAAAAGGAUUAUAUUUUGAAUGGUAAAAAGAUUUAAAAAAGGGCAGUUUGACGUCAUCUGGUUUGCUUUUAAUCCUUGAAGAUAUCCCACGAUGCAUUGCGUGGGUACGUCAUCAUGCACUUUGUUAAUAGAGGAAAUAUUUUGUACACAAAUGACAUUUAUUGGAGCAUUUUAAGGACUUGGAUUGACAUUAAUUGUACAAAAAAGGAUUAAAUAAUAUCAUUUUUUUGGUAAAAACAUAAAUAAAAAUACAAGCAUGCGGUCAUACAAACUGCAGGACAUUUUUUUUACGUUUUUAAUUUUUUCUAGCAAGCAGAAAACUUCAGAAAACAUAAUUAGAAACUUAGUGAAUGGAUAUUUCUUGUUGCAGUGCAUCUUGGGAGGUGUAGUUAACUUCUACCUUUUACAUUUUUGAGUCUGUUUUCUAAUAAGUUAAUAUUUUGGACUUUUUUGUAGCAGUUUCCAAGAACAAACGUUACAUUUAACUCAUUAAAGAGUGUUGAAACUGUAUUAUUAUUUUAUCACGUUUGUGACACUAGCUAGCAAUACGUUUAUAACGUCUACCAACGCUAUAGGACUCAAAGCAAACAAGAUGGCGUCAUUCCCGUUCAAACAUGUCUUUCAGCUUGUUUUCCUAUUAUUUGCAGAACAGUACCCGGUGUUUAUUUCCUCAGUGAUGAUGUUCUGAUGUUUUUCUGACGAGGUUUGGGGGGGACACAGAUGCUGCUUGACCUUUAUAAAAACAUGAAUGUAAAACUGCUUAGUAACAUGGAUGUAAUGUUGUUUAUCGUGUCAUUCUGUGUAAAUAUGUGUGAACGACUGUAACCAAGCACAACGUGUGGGCCUUUACUCGUGUCCAACAACAGAUGUACUGUUUUCUCAAGCACAAA